UUGCCCGUCUUUAUUUUUCUUUUUUAUUUUUUAUUUUUUUGGUAAAAAGAAACCAUUGAAUUAGAUUUUCUGAGAUCUUCACUCGGUUACAAAUCUAUCUAUGUAAUAUCUCACCAAUGACAUAAUUAUUAUUAAUAUCCCCCUAACAGAUAAUCAUAAUUAUAAGCGAUUACGAUGGUCUGAGCAUUUGGGUUUGAUGAUAUGUAAUUAUUUCUUUACACAUUUUCGCUUUUGCCAUCAGCAUGCUACUCCUGGCCCAAGGCAGCUCGGUGGAGAGGAGAAUGGGUCACUCGUGGAACUCACCAGAGACCGCUAAAUUCUGCAAGUCCCACACGUGGUUCACCAGGCAGCAGCUAAAGCUAUGUCAGCUCCAUCCCGACAUCAUUCCAAGUGUGACCCAAGGCGCCAUGCAGGCCAUCUACGAGUGCCGGUACCAGUUUAGGAACGAACGAUGGAACUGUCCCGUCAGCAACGUCACAGGAGUUUUCGGCAAGACGAGAUUAAGAACAAGAAAUCCCGAAAUGGCAUACAUACAAGCCCUGGUAUCGGCGGGCAUCAUGUACGACGUCACAAAGGCGUGUGGCACCGGCACCAUCCUCCAGUGUGGAUGCGAUAGGGUGUUCGGCCAGGAUAACCCCGACGUCGAGUGGAAAUGGGGCGGGUGCUCGGACAAUCUCGAGUAUGGGAAUCAUUUUACAGAGACGUUCAUUGAUGACUCCGUGACUAAAAAGACGGCAGCCGACCUGAUGGCGGUACAGAAUUACAAAGCUGGAAGAAAGAUCAUCGAAAAGAACAUGUCGAUUAAGUGCAAGUGUCACGGUGUCUCCGGAUCCUGCACGUCACAGGUCUGUUGGAAUGCCAUGCCCAAGUUACGUCAAAUCAGCGAGGCCCUUUUGAAAUCUCACAUCCAGGCUUACCACAUGAUGUACUCAAAACGGAGCCUCAAGCUGCGUCCCCUUCAAGAGCGGAACCGAAACCCUUCCAAAACGGACAUCGUGUAUCUCACCCCGUCCCCCGACUACUGCGAGCCCAACAAGCGGCACGGGUCGCUGGGCACGCACGGGCGGCGGUGCAACAAAACUAGCACCGGUGUGAACGGGUGCAGGCUCAUGUGUUGUGGGCGUGGCUAUCAAACUAUGCUAAGGCACGUGACUGAAAGUUGCCAUUGUCGAUUCCAGUGGUGUUGCUCGGUGGAAUGUGAGACAUGUAGUCGCGUUGAGGAGCUACAUGUAUGUAACUGAUGCCUCUCAAUACACCAUUGUAUAAUUGAACAUUUUUACGUAAAAUGAAUAUAUUUAAGAAGUCUUUAAUGAAAAAAAAUGUUGAUAUUAUUGCAUAUCUAUAUAUUUUGGUGCUGUUAUUCACUGUUUUGUUCUCAUGAAAUUGUCUGUUUCUCUGAUGACAAUAGUUCAACGGUAGGGCACACUUUCCCUUGACAUAUUAAAUGUACAUGUAUAAUUGAAAGAAUUUUCAGUUGAAACCGAUACAUACCUAUCAAUUCAAUGGCCGAAUCAAUGACGUCACAUAUCUAUUUAAAAAUGGAUGAUGAGCUGAAAGUGUAUGUUUUAUGGCAUAACUGUGCAUGGAACUUUGAGAUGUAACACAAUAAUUUGUUCAGGUAUGUCAGGGUUCAAACUGAUAAAACGAUGAUUUACUCAUGAAAUGUGAUUCAUGUUAUAUUAUUUGGUUUGUAUGAAGGUUUUUUUAUGACUAAAGUUAUUUAUGUGCCUCUCCUACAUACAUAGAAAAUAGUCAUAUGGGUGACAAUGUUGAUAAGGAAUUGACAAAGUAUCAACUGCUAAAUUAAGAAUAGAUAUUAAUAAAUUCAAUAAUGGUCAUUAGCAUAAGUCCCCUUUGUUGCAUACCAAACCUCUGAUAAAUGUGCAGUUCCAUUUGCAUUUGCAUUAUUACAGACUUAGAUACAUAUUAAACCUGCUUACAGUGUUAAGUCCACAUGGACUACGCCCUCUUCAUCAGUAAUUAAAUUGACGAUGAUAAUGAUAAUAACAUUAAUAAUU